GGGCUCAGAGCCACGCGGCGCGCCCGCGAGCUUCUCCCCGGGCCCGCGGCUGUUACAUCCAUCCCGGGGUCCCCAGUCGCCGCCUUCCGCGCGCGCCCGGGGGCCUGGAUCUCCCCCCUCUUCCGGACUCAAGAGCCCGGCUCUCCUCUUCCCGGAGCUCCGUCUCCCGCCCCCCCCCCGACUCAGCCUCCCCAGCCUCCGUUUCCAGGAUCCCGGCACCCCAAGAUCUCUCACCCCCCGGAUCUGCGCUACCAGGACCUGGCUUCCUGAGGACCCCUGCCGCUUGCACGCCUUGAGCCCUCAGAGCCGAGGACCCCAGGUCCCAGCCUGAUAAACUCCUGCUUUCCCAUCCCUAGGGCCGAGGAACCCAGGGGCUCCAGAUUCCGGGCGCCGGGCGCAAUCUGGAAGAGCUGGGAUCUCAGACUCUCCAGGAACCAAGGCGCCGUGAACUCCCGGCUCCCGGGAACCCUCCAAAGUUCCAGGCUCCAGGCUGUUACAAAACUCUCGUUUCUAAGGAACGCACGUCCGCGCGCCCCGCUUCCAGGCGCUCAGGAGCCCCGGGGCGCUCAUCAUGGUGGCCGAUCCGCCCCGGGGAGACCCCAAGGGGCUCGCCGCGGCUGAGCCCACCGCGAACGGUGCCCCGACGUUGGCCCCCCUGGAGGACCCUGGCGCGACCCCAGGCGGCCGCUGCGGCUCCCGGGACCGGGUGCGCCGCUGCCUUCGCGCCAACCUGCUGGUGCUGCUGACGGUGGUGGCCGUGGUGGCCGGCGUGGCGCUGGGUAUGGGGGUGUCGGGGGCCGGCGGUGCGCUCGCUCUGGGUCCCGCGCGCCUGGCAGCCUUCGCCUUCCCCGGGGAGCUGCUGCUGCGCCUGCUGAAGAUGAUCAUCUUGCCGCUGGUGGUGUGUAGCCUGAUCGGGGGCGCCGCCAGCCUGGACUCGAGCGCGCUCGGCCGCCUGGGCGCCUGGGCGCUGCUCUUUUUCCUGGUCACCACGCUGCUGGCGUCUGCGCUCGGCGUGGUCUUGGCGCUGGCCAUACAGCCCGGCGCCGCCGGCGCCGCCAUCAACGCCUCCGCCGCCGCCACGGGCGGCGUGGAAGAGGCCCCCGGCAAGGAAGUCCUCGAUUCGUUCCUGGAUCUCGUGAGAAAUAUCUUCCCCUCCAACCUGGUGUCCGCAGCCUUCCGCUCAUACAGUACCACCUAUGAACACAGAUGGAUCAACGGAACCAUGGUGAAGGUGCCCAUUGGGGAGGAGGUGGAGAGUAUGAACAUUCUGGGCCUGGUGGUAUUUGCCAUUGUCCUUGGUGUGGCCCUGCGGAAGCUGGGGCCUGAGGGAGAGCUGCUCAUCCGCUUCUUCAACUCCUUUAAUGAUGCCACCAUGGUGCUGGUCUCCUGGAUCAUGUGGUAUGCCCCUGUGGGCAUCUUGUUCCUGGUGGCUGGCAAGAUUGUGGAGAUGGAGGAUGUGGGGAUGCUCUUCGCUGGUCUCGGCAAAUACAUCCUGUGCUGCCUGCUGGGCCACGCCAUCCAUGGGCUCCUCGUGCUGCCCCUCAUCUACUUCAUCUUCACCCGCAAAAACCCCUACCGUUUUCUGUGGGGCAUCAUGACAGCGCUGGCCACUGCCUUUGGCACCUCUUCUAGCUCGGCCACGCUGCCUCUGAUGAUGAAGUGCGUGGAGGAAAGGAAUGGUGUCGCCAAGCACAUCAGCCGCUUCAUCCUACCCAUCGGUGCCACCGUCAACAUGGAUGGUGCGGCGCUCUUCCAGUGUGUGGCCGCAGUGUUCAUUGCACAGCUCAACCGGCGAUCCCUGGACUUUGUGAAGAUCAUCACCAUCCUGGUCACCGCCACGGCGUCCAGUGUGGGUGCCGCUGGCAUUCCCGCUGGAGGGGUCCUCACUCUGGCCAUCAUCCUGGAGGCAGUCAGUCUGCCCGUUCAGGACAUCUCCUUGAUCCUGGCUGUGGAUUGGCUAGUAGACCGGUCCUGUACUGUCCUCAAUGUGGAAGGUGAUGCCUUUGGUGCAGGACUCCUCCAAAACUAUGUGGAUCGCACAGAAUUGCGGAGCUCGGUGCCAGAGCUGAUCCAAGUGAAGAGUGAGACGCCCCUGUCUCCACUGCCUGUCCCCACUGAAGAGGGGAACCCUCUCCUCAAACAGUGUCCAAGACCUGCCGGGGAUGCGGACCCCUGCGAAAAGGAAUCAGUUAUGUAAACCCCACAGGGACUUUCCCUACCCUGAUUGGGGCACUCUGGAUAUUGCGAUCACAAACUGGGGCUCUGGAGGCCCUCCUGCACACUCAGGACAUCCAGAGGCUCCAGCCUCUCCCCCUGCCUCCUCCACCAACAUCAGAUCUGGGAGGCCUCAGUGCUGGGGUGUAUGUGUAUGUGUGUGUCUCUCACCAAAUCUUCCCCAGUUCUCAAUUCCCAUUCCCACCCAAGGCUAGGAAACAAAGAUGGAGAAUUAGUGUAGUAAUGUCCUUCUGGACAUUAUUACAGGGCACAGGGCACAGGUCACCAUGUGGAUUUCUGCCCUCUUUGAGGGAAAGGAUAUUCCAAUGGGUAGCUGGCUCCUUUGCUGGUCAUUUUUGUGGUUGAGUGUGUGUGUGUGUGUGUGUGUGUGUGUGUGUGUGUGUGUGUGUGUCUGGUGACUCUACAGUAAUCCCACCCUGUCCCCAGGACCUCUGUUCCUUCUACAGUAACAAACACUCCAGGGGACCCUCCUGGGGUGGGGGUGGGGGCGCAAGGACAAAGACUGCUGUCACUCCAAAGGACAUUUUUGAGCAAUAAAAUUGUCAAGUAUA